AUGGCUCACUACAUGACAAUGCAGGCCGAGGGUUACACUCGCGCAAAGCACUUGAUACAAUCAGUAUAUCGGAAGGGUCUCUCUUGGGCAUCGGCGUGCGGUGUCGACAGUGGCUCGCAAGAUGAUGAAGGCGAGCGUAACUUCAGCUGCAGACAGCCACAUGAACGGGUGGCUCGUGUCUGA